AUGGCUUCGGAGCCUGUUAACGGAGAGGGAAUCGAUGGAGCCAGAAAGAAGCCAAGCAUUAAAGUUUAUACGAGGAAAGGCAAAGGUCAGAGGAAACAUACACCAUUCGUUGCCAUCGCGGGUAUUGGUGCCACCGACGACCGCGAGAAGCCAGAGGGGAAAUCAGAAAGCGAGAAAGAAGAGAAUCAUUUGAAUCCCCCUGAAAGUCUAGCUCGAGAGCCUGCGGAUCCUAUCGCUGUGGUGGAGAAAUCUGUCGAAGAGGCUACCCUCGAGUCCAAUUCCCAGGAAGACGUUGGGGCUAGUGUAGCCAAAAACUCACCCGAAGCACCUUCUGAAAACCUCCCUGGUGAUGAUUCUGACAAAGUGAUUGACAAGCCUCUUGUUGAAGCAUUUCCUCAAGCUGAAUCUCAUGAUGAUAUCAAUUCGGCAGCUCUGGAUAAGAACGUUAUCCAACCUCUCCCAGGUCCUUUGGGUCAGGAUGAUGUGAACACUAUUGUAGGCGAGAAGUCUGUAGAAGUGCCCUCUGAAAGCCACACAACUCAAGAUGUUGUCAAUACAGUUGUUGUUGAUGAGAACUCUAUCAAGGAACCUCCUAAAAGCCUUGCCCAAGAUGAUGUUACUACCGUGGUUGUUGACAAGAACCCUAUUGAAGCGCCUUCUCAAACCUUGUCCGUGGAAGAUGUCAAUACUGUUGUUGUUGACAAGAAUCCCAUUGAAGUGUCUUCUGAGGAGUAUGUCCACGUGGUAGACGCAGACAACAUGAUAAAAGAAGCUCAUCCUGAAAACCUUGUGGAAAGAGAUGCCUCUAAUGCCCAACAGCCAGAAGGACCUACCUCUGAUUCUGCUCAGGACAUACAUGCUACUGCUUCAGAAAGCACGCCUAUGGAGGAGGACGUAGAUGGACGUAUAAGGAUACGUGUAGCCUCCAAAUCGAAGCAACAGAAAGAGGAGAUCAGGAAGAAGCUUGAAGAUCAGCUUAACGUGGUCAGAGGUCUGGUAAAGAAGAUUGAGGACAAAGAGGGAGAGAUUGGUGCAUAUAACGACCCUCGAGUUUUGGUCAACACCGGUCUUAAUAACGGAGGAGGAAGGAUUCUAUCAGGGUUCGCCUCAGCUGGGCUUCCUCGUGAGGUCACCAGAGCACCAAGGCCUCUUAAUCAGCUAAGUAUAUCAGUGUUGGAGAAUACUCAGGGAGUCAAUGAGCAUGUGGAAAAAGAGAAACGAACACCCAAGGCAAAUCAGUUUUAUAGAACUUCGGAGUUUUUACUUGGUGACAAGUUGCCACCCGCAGAGAGUAACAAGAAAUCAAAAUCAAGUGCAAAGAAGCAUGGAGGGGAGGUUGGGCAUGGUUUUGGUGCUGGCUCUAAAGUUUUCAAGAAUUGCAGUGCUCUACUUGAAAGGCUGAUGAAGCAUAAGCAUGGUUGGGUGUUCAAUGCUCCUGUAGAUGUGAAGGGUCUAGGUUUGCAUGAUUACUUUACCAUUAUCGAGCACCCUAUGGAUUUGGGAACUGUCAAGGCUGCGUUGACAAAGAAUCUGUACAAGUCACCAAGAGAAUUUGCAGAGGAUGUUAGACUUACUUUCCACAACGCCAUGACUUACAACCCAGCAGGACAAGAUGUCCAUGUCAUGGCGGAAGUGCUAUUACAGAUGUUUGAGGAGAGAUGGGCUGUCAUAGAGGCAGAUUAUAAUCGCGAAAUGAGAUUUGUCACUGGUUAUGAGAUGAAUCUUCCAACUCAUACAAUGAGGUCUAGGCUUGGUCCUACAAUGCCACCACCGCCUAUUAAUGUGAGGAAUACAAUGGAUAGAGCAGACUGGAGUAGUCGCCCUGCUGACUUGCAGCAUCCAAAACCAACUACAACGCCUGGCAGAACACCAACCAGUACAACACCUUCUGGAAGGACACCUGCUCUGAAGAAGCCGAAGGCAAAUGAACCAAAUAAAAGAGAUAUGACGUAUGAGGAGAAGCAGAAGCUUAGUGGCCACUUGCAGAAUUUGCCUCCAGAUAAACUAGAUGCAAUUGUACAAAUUGUUAACAAGAGGAACACUGCUGUGAAGCUACGGGAUGAAGAAAUUGAAGUCGAUAUUGAUAGUGUUGAUCCAGAGACCCUGUGGGAGUUGGACAGAUUUGUAACCAACUACAAAAAGGGAUUGAGCAAGAAAAAGAGAAAGGCUGAGCUAGCUAUCCAAGCCAGAGCAGAAGCCGAGAGGAAUAGCCAACAACAGAUGCCUCCAGCACCAGUGGCACGUGAGUUUUCUAGGGAGGGUGGAAACACAGCUAAAAAAACACUCCCUACACCAUUGCCUUCUCAAGUGGAGAAGCAAAACCAGGAGACAAGCAGAUCGAGUAGUUCAAGCAGCUCUUCCAGUGGUUCCAGCUCUUCUAGUGAUUCGGACAGCGAUAGCUCUUCGUCAUCUGGAUCAGAUCAGACCUAG